AUGAUCAUCCCCCUGUACAACCUCCAGGCCCACAAUGUGAUGCAGAACGUGAUCGUGGACGCAGGGACAGAUGCAAAGAUCGCGAAGUUCAUGAAGCGCGGACUGGAGGUGAUUGGGCUGGCAGUGCUCGAGCCGAUCGAACCUCGAACGUACACAGGGGCUGCUCCCCCAGGAGCAACCACGCCGACGUCGUCCGCGGCGUCCCUGGCAUCGCAUAAUACGCAAGACCUUCCCCCACCCGCGCCUGUGCCCGCACCAGCACCGUUGAUCGCACAGGCACCGAUCACACCCUCCAGCUCGUCGAGCGGGCGCCCGGGCACACCACGCAAGUUCUUCGGCAAGCUGUUCAGCAGCAAGAAGAAGGAUGCGCCGUCCAUCGCUGGGCCCACCCCGCCCGCCACCCCGACUUCGCCAUCGAAAGUCUCCAAGCGCUCGUCCCUCCUCUCCGCGCAUGGACAUCCCAUACUCUCUAACGUGUCGCUCGAGUUCCCGCUGCAGCCGCCCGUCCUGGGGAUCCAGCCGACGCUCCGGCCGCACAAAUACGUGUGGGUCGUGAGGAAGUGGCUGAAGGGCGAGCCGGAGAGCAUGCUCGGCGGGAUGCGGGACCGGUUCAACGAGGUGCGCUUGACGACACUCGCCCCGUCUGGCGGGCUCGAGGCGAACGUCGAGGUGCGCCUGGAGUGGAGCCGAGGCAAGAAGCGCGGUAGGGAGGGAGAGCAGCUCGCCAGGAAAGGGAGCAGACGGAGGAGCGACAUAGGAUCCGCGGCGUACUCGCAGCAGCCGCAGACGCCAAUGACGCCGUACUACACACCUAUGGGUCCGAUGGUGUCAUCGCGCAAGGCAAGAACGCGCUCGCCAGGCGACGGGUCUGGUGUCCGGCGUUCGAUGGACUCGAUCCGCUCCGUAUCGCCUGGGCCUGCGGCAAGCAUCACGACGGGCGAGUCGAACACACAGGAGACGCAGGAGGACGACGGGGACGAGUCGGACCCAGAGGACUCGGAGACGCCGUGGACGUGUACGCUCGUCUUGAGGCGGCUGCACCCGGCGACGCACCCUCAGUCGACCCCGACGCCGCGCUCUCCGCUCGCGGACGAGAGCCCGCAGUCGCAGAGCCUGCGCGUGAAGGUCGCCGCGGUUGUGCCGACGCCGCACCAUCCGAAGGUUGUCGCGCUCCUGAAGGUGCCGUUCCCGCUGCCGGACAUAGAGAUCGAGCGUGUUGCGGUGAGGCGGCGGAUUAUCACACCCGCGGGGCUCUCGAGGCCUGCGCCCGACGCGGUCCCGGAGGCGGGCUCGGGAGGGAGUGGGCAGAAGAAGUUCUGGUCAGGUUCUGGGAAGGAGAAUGGGAACGGGAGAUCGGAGGUGGGGCGUGCAUCGGGGAUGGUGUUGACCGCGGAAGAGAUCAAGGACGUCGUAUCGUGUACGGGCCUCUGGCUGGUAGUGCGGGAAGGCUUUGGCGGCGUAGGGAAGGAGCGGCGGAAAGGUGAUGGAUGGAGAUUGCGAGGCUGA